AUGGAUACCGGCCAAGGUGCAUUAGCACCGGGGCAGGAGAUACGAAUCGUCAGUGCCUCGGUGGUAGCACAGCUACAAGCCCAAGGAUUACAGGGUAACGAACUGAAUGCGGCAAUCAUGGCUGCUUCGCAGCCACAAAGUACGGCAUCGCAGCAUGUUCAGCAGCAGCUGCAACAACAACAGCAAGCCCAGCAAGCCCAGCAACAAGCGCAACAGCAGGCACAGCAGCACGCAGCCGCACAGCAACACGCUGCUCAGCAGCAAGCGGUUGCUCAGCAACAGCAUGCCCAGCAACAGGCGCAACUUCAAGCACAAAUACAACAGGUUUCAGCGCAAGGACAACCUCAGGUCAUUACUUUGCAGCAACUACAAAACUUUCUGCCUCAACAUCAGCUGAAUGCUCUGACCGCACCGGACGGAACGCCGGUCCAAGUGUCGGCAGGAUCGGGCAGCACCACCACGCCGGUGGGCACACCGGUCAAAACAUUCGUUACCUCUCCGCCGCAAAUGCAGCAACCGCAGAUUGUCAACCUCCAGGGCAUUCCUCAGCAAUUUCUGCAGGGCGGUGGUGGCCAGUUGAUACAGAACCCGAACGGGCUCUUCCAAAUGCUCCAACCGGUGCAGACGAUAAAUCUCGACGGCCAGGAAGCGCUAUUCGUUCCAGGAGGGUUGCAGCAGAAUCAGCAGCUCGCGGCUGCCGGUGCCCAGGCCGUACAGAUCAACGGCCAGCCCGCGUUCAUUACAUCUUCCGGGCAGAUCAUUCGCGCACCGAACGGCGGAGUUAUGCCGGCGAAUUUUCUGCAAAACAUGACACAGGCCGUGCAACUACCGAACGCUGGUCAAGCUACGCUUACCAUUCCGGGCACUAAUAUAACAAUACCCCUGGGGACGGCUCAAACAGCAGGGCAGCAGCAGCAGCAGCAGCAGCAGCAACAGCAGCAGCAACAGCAAGCCCACAACAACAGCAACAGCCAUCAACAACAGGCACAACAACAAGCACAACAACAAGCGCAACAGCAACAAAGUACGGCAGCAGCACAACAGCAGCAACAAUCUCAGCAGCAGCAACAAUCUCAGCAGCAGAUCGUGCAGCAGCAAUUCGUUGCACAGCAGCAGGCUGCCGCAGCACAGCAGCAGCUGCAACAACAGUUGCAACAGACGAUGAUAACGAUCCCUGGCACGAACAUACAAGUUCCGGCUUCGACGGUGGCGGCCCAAAAUCUAAUACCUAACAACAUAACCACGAUCAAACUGGAAGGAGGACAAAAUGUGCAAGUUCGUCCAGCGGGUACCACCCUGCCGCAAGUGCUGCAGUUCCCGAUGCAGCAAACCAUUCCGGUGCAGGUGCCCAUAACGACCCCAAACGGUCAAACCGUGUACCAAACGUUGCACAUGCCGGUGCAAACAUUUGGUUCGGUGAUGCAACCGCAGAUGCAGGUCAUACCGCAAAUACCACAAAUGGCCAGCAUUCUGACGCCCAGUGGUCAGAUACAGCAGAUACAGCUGACGUCGCUAAACCCACUCGCGGGCCUGCAGACCGCUUCCAUGCAUCCCAACAUCAUUCUACAGCAGUCGGCACAGGCCGCCGGACAACCGCUGUCUAACGGUGCAACCGGCGGGCCGAUGGUGGUUGGAGCGGCCGCUUCAGCGGCUCAAGAUCCAAACGGAGCCCACCAGCAGCAGCAGCAACAGCAGCAGCAGCAGCAAGCGGUACAACAGCAGCAGCAACAGCAACAGCACCAACAAGCUGUGGCCGCCCAGCUGGCGGUAGCCGCCGCAGCAGCAGCCGCCUCGGGGAACUCUGGGGCGCCGAUAGGUGCCGCCGGCCACCACCAACAGGCGCAGCAGCAGCAGCAGCAACAGCAGCAAACUGCUGGCCAACCUGGACCUCAGCCCAUAACAAUCGCAGGGCCGCCAGUGGGGCAGCAGAUAACCGUGCUACCGCAGGGCUCUCUGCAGCAGCUCCGCCAGAUGCCCGGAAUCGCGGGAUUGCAGGCGAUCCCAGUGCAAAACAUUCCCGGCAUCGGGAACAUCCAAGUGAUACCGACAAAUUUCAUGCAACCGGUUCAACCGCAAACAGCAGCGCCGCAGCCUCAGUUGAACCCGGUAGUAACACAAGCAGGGUCGCAGCAGCCACAGCAGCAGCAACAGCAGCAGGCUAUGGCAGCCGCAGCCCUACAGCAGGCAACGGCGCAUCCACUAUCAAGUAUAAAGCAGGAUCCAAGCGAACCCGCUAAGUGCUUUAUCAAGCAGGAAAACAACAGCAGCACCAACAACAACGCUCCCAUUCCCAUCCAGCCCACCCCCCCGGUGGGUGCGGUCAGUGUUGGUAGAAGUAGUAGUCCCCCUCCUGCACAGAUAGUGACGGCGGUCGGCGGUGGUGGCGGAGGUUCGACCACUACCACCACCACAACCACGACGACGACGCACCACCGGAAGGUUGGCGGCGGUACCGAGAUCGUCAGCACCCCGAACCAGACAUCGGUCAACGUAAAUAUCAGUGUCGGCGGCGAAAGUGUUGCGCCGCCGGUCAUCGUGCGGCGGAAGCACGUUUCCUCCCUGACGCCCAUCCUGCCAAAUACCAAUAACAACAACAACAGUGGCAACGCGGCGCGGCAGCGAAUCCGCCGGGUGGCUUGCACCUGCCCGAACUGCGAGCUGAAGGGAGAGGGUCCGACGGAUCGCAAGAAGCAACACAUCUGCCACGUCAGUGGCUGCAACAAGGUGUACGGGAAGACGUCGCACCUGCGGGCACACCUCCGCUGGCAUACCGGCGAGCGGCCGUUCGUGUGCCACUGGCCGUACUGCGGGAAGCGCUUCACUCGCUCCGAUGAACUCCAGCGCCAUCGGCGGACGCACACCGGCGAGAAGCGGUUCGAGUGCAUCGAGUGCAACAAAAAGUUCAUGCGCAGCGACCACCUCUCGAAGCACAUACGGACCCACAGCAAGCUGAAAAAGGACGGCUUGGAGCGGUACGGCUAUGAGGAUGGUGAGGAUGAAAAGGCUACCGAAGACGAAACGAAUGGUGAGGAAGAUCAGGACGAGGAUGAAAUGUUGGACGGCUACAUACUGGAGAAUGACGAUCAGUGUCAAGACGCCCCGAUUCCGCCCGAUUCGUCUUGCACAGUGGUCGAACUGAAGGAAAUCGGAUCGAAUAUGUCGGCCUCAUCCGAUAGCAACGAUAGCUCGGACGAGAAAAUGAUGAUCACUAUCAGUCCCGACGACACCGAACAGCAACAGGCCAUAGAAUCCAACUAGUGGCACCCCAGUCUGAAGGCGCGGACGGCCUCCAGAUCCUAGAGGUGUAAAACGUGACGGGCACACGCGCCGUGCUUUGUUGUGGUGCCUUCGGGCACUGCAAAAGGCCAUGCAAACGAUCGAUCGAUUUCAUUCGGACUUUGGACGCUCCUGUCGAUUCUCUUUUACUUCGACCGCCGUACGAAUAGUCGUCGUUGGUGUUUGCGACCACGAUGUCGACCAUACCUAGAAUAUGCCGUUUACGGAGUACCCGAUCGACCGAACACGAUCGUAUAGUUUAUGUCUAUUUAAUCAAAUUGAACUCUGCAUCUCUCAAGGUGUUGCAGUGCGUUACGCCAUUCAAGUGCAACGAAUCGACGUUUUACGAAUGGAUUAAUGAUAAGAGGCCGGUUUGUGGGGUAAUACUUUCGAUUCGAAAGUAGACAAUCGUGCCUCACGAUUUUAGAUUAUUUAUAAAAGCAAAAGGAAAGGAUUUGGGCACGAGCGAUUCGGUGCCUGCACAGACUUGGUUUACGUUUGAAUCGGCAAGCUUUGCAUAGGUAAAAUUUGUUGAAUUUGACUAGCAGAUGGUUUCUUUCUUUUUACGUUCAUCUAGCUGAAAUAGAACGAGCAGCGCGCGGGCAGCGAGCGGUUGUGCGUGGCUUGUAUAAUUUAAUGCAUCACUGUGAAUAGUUCAUUCGCAUUCCGGUGACCAUGUUUCUGUUUGAAGCUUCUGUACACCUGCUGUCGUUAGCAUCAGAAAACGACUUAUUUUUUAAGCCAAAUCUUGAAACGCUUUCGUACUGAGCGGAAUAGUUUAAACUCGUGACAUCUUUUAAAAAUAUUCUUCUGUACCUUCCGAUAAGCGGGCCGAUAUUGUCGUUCGCAAGCGUCACGAAAAACUACGAAAAAUUAAACUCACUGAUCAAAUAGGUUUAGCAAGCUGUACGUGCGGCCACCCGCAGAUUCUAUCCAGCGCCAAUGUCCGACCGGGUGUUUCUAAGUCACAGGCAGCUCGUGCAAGGGCACGUUUUAAGACGGUUUUCUCCAUGGAAGAAGAACUCACGAUCGUCAUCGAUCGUCAAAUUGUUCAUCUCUGAUCUGUUUGAAGGCCAACUUGGCUCAGAGAACGGUGGAACGGUUUGCUGAACGCCUCAAUAUGUGUUAUGGUGACAAAACAAUUGCAAAAUAAUUCAUGAUCCAUUACUGAUCCGGAUCGUCGAUGAGAGAAAAAAAAUGUUUUAGAACGUUCCGGACGCCCGUGUUAGUAAUUUCUUCUGUGCACAGCAGCUAGCGAAGCGUGUUUCUGUAAUUAAUACUGUACAUAUUGAUGAAAUGGCAGCAGCAGCGAAAGAAAGGCGCGCCGCGAACGGGUAGCAAAUGUUAAGGAGGUCAUUAAUAAAAUUCA